CGUUGAGAGACUUGAAUUAGAUGGAGAAGGCGGGAGUUGGGUUGUCUUCCAAUUAGUUUUCCACCUCGCCCUCUGGCGGCUCCGGAUGGCAGGCCCAUUUCGAGAGAUGGCCGGCUGGCUCCCAGAUCGGCCCUGAGCUCACCCCCGGGGGGCACAGAGCCUGUUCGCGGGCGCUCCAAAUGGAAGAGGAGGGGCCAGGGGCCACCGUGCAUCUGCUUUGCCUCGCAGCCUCCAGCGGGGUCCCCCUGUUCUGCAGGAGCAGUCGGGGCGGCACCCCCACCCGCCAGCAGCUCCCCUUCUCUGUAAUCGGCUCCCUCAAUGGAGUCCAUAUGUUUGGACAGAAUUUGGAGGUGCAACUGAAUUCCGCCAAGACUGAGGACACAACUGUGGUGUGGAGAAGCUUCCAUGACAGCAUCACUCUUAUCGUCCUGUCAUCUGAGGAGGACACCUCAGAGCUGAGGCUGGAGAGACUGCUCCAGAUGGUAUUUGGGGCCAUGGUUCUUUUUGUGGGACUUGAAGAACUGACCGAUAUCCGCAAUGUAGAAAGACUGAAGAAGGAAUUAAGGGCCAGUUAUCACCUCAUAGACAGUUUUCUGGGGGACUCUGAGCUCAUCGGGGACCUGACCCAGUGUGUGGACUGUGUAAUUCCUCCAGAGGGGUCCCCCCUGCAGGAAGCCCUCUCUGGGUUCGCCGAGGCCACAGGCACAGCCUUCGUCAGUUUGGUGGUGUCCGGCCGGGUGGUGGCAGCGACAGACAGCUGGUGGCGGCUGGGGACCCCGGAGUCUGUGCUGCUCCCCUGGCUGGUAGGGUCCCUGCCGCCCCAGGCUGCUCGCGACUACCCGGUGUACUUACCCCACGGGAGUCCCACGGUCCCGCACCGGCUCCUGACCCUCACGCUGCUGCCGGGCUUGGAACUGUGUCUCCUUUGCGGGCCACGCCCGUCCCUCAGCCAGCUGGACCAACAGCUGCUGGAGCGCUGGUGGCAGCCGCUGCUGGACCCUCUGCGGGCCUGCCUGCCCUUGGGCCCGCGGGCCCUCCCGGAUGGCUUCCCGCUGCACGCUGAUAUCCUGGGACUACUGCUCCUCCAUCUGGAACUGAAACGUUGUCUUUUCACCGUGGAGCCGUUGGGGGAUAAAGAGCCUUCUGCAGAACAGCGCCGGCGCCUCCUCCGGAACUUCUACACCAUGGUUACCACCACACAGUUCCCACCAGAAUCAGGGCCAGCAGAGAAGGCAGAAGAUGUAGUCCGCUCAGCCCAGCUGCCCAGGGCCUGCUACGUGGUGCUGGGGCCAGGCAGCGGGUGGCAGUUCGUGGCUCUUCAUCUGGGGAUGCGGCUGCUGCUGCUGCUGCUGUCCCCUCAGAGCCCCACCUAUGGGCUGCGCAGCCUGGCCACCAACACACUGCAUGCCCUCACCCCACUCCUUUGACACGAUUUGGGUGGGGCACUGACACACAGCUGGAGCUAGUAGCAUCUCUCUGUUUAUUCGCUCACAAUAAUACACGGCCCCUGGACGAGGAGGGGGUAGGAGGGGCUACAACAGGGUGGGGGAGAGGAGGUGGUACCCACUUCCCUGGCCCCUCUCCCCUCUGUGCUUGGGGGGGAAAAGGGGAGGGAGGGGGCUCCCCCUGACCCCCCCAGAAUGUAAACAGCAGCAGAUGAACAAAAAUAAAAAUA